UGGCCCCUUUAAGAGUCCCUCUUUAAAGCAGUGGGAGCGGAGCGGAGCAGCUUGGAUCCAGAGACUGCAGCACAUCCUCAGAUGCUGUCGGCACACCUGAUAACACAACACAGCAGAGCGGAGCCGGGCAACCAGGCUGUGUUCCCAUCACAACAAACCGCGUCCAGGACGGGAAUGGGGGGCACCUAGCCCGCUAGCUAACUAACUAACAGCAUUUCCUAGAAGCAAAGAAGGCUAACGGCCGGUGGUCCAGCAAGAUGGUGUCCUGGAUUAUUUCGAGGAUAGUAGUCCUUGCCUUUGGGACGCUCUAUCCAGCAUACUCCUCCUAUAAGGCUGUCAAAACGAAGAAUGUAAAGGAAUAUGUGAAGUGGAUGAUGUACUGGAUAGUAUUUGCGUUGUUCACGACAGCAGAAACGGCCACAGACCUGCUCCUAUCGUGGUUUCCAUUUUACUUUGAGCUGAAGAUUGCCUUUGUGAUCUGGCUCCUGUCCCCAUACACCAAGGGCUCCAGCGUGCUCUACCGCAAGUUUGUCCACCCAACCCUGUCCAACAAAGAGAAGGAAAUAGAUGAGUACAUCGCACAGGCCAAAGACAGGAGUUAUGAGACCAUGAUGAGGUUUGGAAAGAGGGGUCUCAACCUGGCUGCUAACGCUGCUGUCACUGCUGCCACCAAGGGGCAGGGCGUGCUGUCAGACAAGCUGCGGAGUUUCAGCAUGCAGGAUCUGACUCUCAUCAACGCUGAGGAUGACCUGGCUCUGCACACUUCAGAUUCUCGCAUGAGACGGGACCCCAUGGACGAGAUGAGCUCGGGGGCCAGCACGCUGCCCCGGGCCAAGAGCUCCACUGCACGUCAGACUCGCUCUUUGGCAGCCACGUCCCUUGCUGAUGACGCAUCAUCCCAACACAGUUCUGACCAAUCAGACACAAGGACUGAACACUCUGAUGAAGAGGUGGGAGAAAAAGCUCCGAAACGAGUGUCCAGUGUCAAGGCAAACAAGAAACCUGCUGCUGCCAAGACAGAGACUCAGUCCAAGACAGUGAAGAAGCCAACAAAGAAAAAGACCACCGCUACUAAUGCAGAGACGCCGCCAUGAGGCCGGCUGUGCUUGUCCACCAACCUACACUCACUCCACCCACAGCCUGCUGGCCCUGCCUCCUCCGUUUGGUCUCCUCACAAACACAUAUACACUGUAUAUAUCAAGCACUGAAAUUGUGUCACUUUUGCUGGUUUCUAGAGCAAAAUACAGGUAUGUGUAUGUGACCUCCUUUAGGAUGGGAACAAUUCUUUUAUCUUUACCAAGUUGUAUAUUUUAUCUUUACUUACUGCGAGCUCCUCUCUGAUUUAACAGUCGGGAUGUUUCCUAUACAUAGGAAAAGACAUGGAUAGUGAUAGAUUGAUAAAGGCUCUAGACAAAUAUGUAGAUCCCUUUAGUAGAUGAGAAUACAAGCUGGCCAUGUUGCAGUUCUCCAGUCUCACUGACUCGUUUUCUCCUGCAUAGAUUUUGACAUUCUUGAUUGAGGCUGUCUUUGGUUGAAGUAUCUUAAGUAAAAUAUCACAUUUUUCACCCCUUUGGGCCCUUUUUUCCUCUGAGCUGCUCCUACAGUUAAGAAAUACCACCCUCUGAAUGCAUGUAGGCCUCAGGUCUUGGUCUGCAUCUUGAUCUGCCCACGAUGGUAGAAAUCCUCAGAUGCUUUCUACAGACAUUUGGCUGCAGUACUGCAGCAUAAGAAGGUGGUUGGGAUCCACUUCAAGGCCCACGUUGACAGUUGCAGACCCAGUAGUUCCUGCUUUUGUCCUUCAGCCACCACCAAGUUCAUGUAACCGUUUAAUUUGUUAUAAAAAUCUGCUUUGGCCCUCUAAGUUUUUGACAGAAUUUUAAGCGUCACAGCUUGUGGAAGAGUUUGAAGUUUAGCCUUCCGUGAUUAAAUACCUCUGAGUGAGUCUGACUCUGCUAAGUUCAGGUUUCACUUACAGCGACUUUCUUCCUCAUUGCUUUUAGUGCGAUUUUCAAGUCGUGUACUGGUGAUGGAGUUGUUGGUUUAAUGUUGGCUUAAUUAUCCUUCAUCUAGACUUCACUCUCUUUUAGUCUCUAUUCAUCCCGGUUCUUUUGGUCAUGUGAUAUUAGUAAGAAGUAAGUAUCAUCAGUUGUGCAUAUCCAUAACACUAUAACUGAACGCUGUCGCAAUACAGUAGUCACAUAAGAAGUAACAUAUCUCCUUUCAGUACAGUUGUAAUGUCUGUGUAUUGUUUGUGUCAUUACAUUAGAAGGUUAAGGAGUGGCUUUGCACUUUCUCACUGCCUUUGCCCAGCUGUCUUUAUAAUAUUUCUACUGAUCUUAGAAGCCUGGAUAAAGCAAAGCAUUAUGGAAAUAAUUAAACUAAAGCCGACAUCAGGAGACUGUGAGGAAUUAGUCUGUGAUCCCCAUGCUGCUUUUUAAGAUGUGAGGGAGUGUUGGACCAGGCUGUGGGUGUUUCUAAACACUGGACUUUUCUUCUGGGAUGAGCUCCUCUGGUUGCCAGCCACUGCAUUGGGCCUGGUUUCUUCUAUAAUGAGGAGUUUAAAAGCAUGAGACUGCUCUGCUCUCAUUACUGCUGUCUGCAGUGUAGUACUAGUAUUACCCAGUAGGGGGAGACAACCCCCACUUCAGUUGUUGGCAAAGUCAAACUAAACCAUACAUAGACACAAUGUAAAUAGUAACCUUGACUGUAUAUACAGUAUGAGCUUGCUUGCCUUAUUCAUUCUCUGGGCUCAAAUUCAUUUAACUUUUUAAUCAUUUUUGUGCUUUUUUUUUUUUAUUUAUCGUCUGGAGAAAUCACACUUAUUGAAACUAGACUUUGUUAGUAUGGGCUUCUGGUGUUGGAAGUGAGUUUUGUAUUUUUAACGAGUUUACUUUUCUUUUUCUCUUAUUCUGACACCUUUACUCCUGUCCAUCGCAAAGCAGAGAAUCUGAACUGAUGUUUUUACGUUCACAUCCUGUGCUCUACUCAGACUGAUUGGAAAGUAUUUUUGGGCCAAAAUUUGAUAUCCAGCCUGUUUUUUUUUUUUUUUAAUUUAAUGUUCCACUGAAUUAAAAGAAGAUGGCACAUGAUUAAGACCUUAUUAAUUAAGCCAUUUUGCCUAAUAAAGGCAUAAAAACCUGCUUUUUAAAAAAAUAAUAUCUCACACUAAUGCAGUUUCUGGAUAUUUAUUAUUUUAAAUCAGUACUGUAUACAGGGAUGUUCAUCUGUAUUGUUUGUGCCAAUUCUCAAAGCUCCGUGUCAAAAAGGAUUACAGUAUGUGUGUUGGGACAAUGGUAUCUAACAAGGUCAUGUAUCAGUAAUAUAAAACUACUAAUAAAGGAAAUCAAAUCAGUGUA